UUUCUAUACUAUCUCAUUUUUUGUUUUUCCCGCACAAAUUCUUUUCCGGAGGUUGACCUUGACCGACACCCAUAACAAACAUUUUGCUGGGACGACAGCCGUUGCAUGAGGUGCUUACUCAGGAACAAGAACAAACGAUAGAGCCCUGAGUGUGAUUGGGACCAAUUAACUCUCAGAAUGAAUCCAAACAUAAAGAGCCUGUUGGAUAGCUCCAAGUCUAAAGACAGAUCAUCCCUGAAUGAGGGGUACAAACAACUGAAGGAGCUAGAAUCCAAAGCCCUGGAAUACCAGCGAGAGAACACAAAGUAUGACAGUUGGAACAUACCCGAGCCGUACGUGGCGGAGGCCAGGGAGAAGUUCGGCACCCUGGGUCAGCUCAUUGUCCACGGACACGACGUAUUUGACCGCGCCCUAGAAGAGUUUCGAACCCUCAUCCACUUGUAUGCGGCCCAGAGUAAGCGCCAUGGAGAGACUGUAAAGACCAAGCUUCAGAAGAGGGCUAGUAUAGAGAUGGUAUUAAACCGUGUGAAGGACAAUACGGACACCGCGAGCCGGCGGUGGAGGCUCGCAGAGGGAGACUACCGGAAUCUGCUGGACAUCGAGAAGAAGUGGGUCAAGGAGACAAAGCGGAAUGAGGCCGCCAGGGAAAUGAAUUUGAUGAGUGGCAGGGACGCAACUUUAGACGAGAACCGAUACAAACAUUUGAGGAACAUGAUUCAGAAGGAGGGGCCAAAGGAUACAAACGCCCAGAAAGACCUGGACGAUCUACUGUUGACUGACCGGAAAUACUACACCUUACACCCUGAGGAGGUACAAAAAAGUUCAUUACAUCAUAUCAAAGAUACUAUGUUUUCAAAGAAAAAAGAUUCAGUGACCCCUGAAAUCGUGCGGAAACAGAGUUUAAAAGAAAGAAAACCAACGGGUGGACCAACACGCAACCCACACAGGGGCACGCUAAAGCGGACCCCAUCCCAGACAAGCCUGUCUAGUGACGAGGGGGACGGGGGACGGAAGAAUCCUCCCCCGAGGGACGGGAAGAAGAUCCCUGUCUCCAUGGAACGGUUACAAGAAAUGGAACAGCGAGAGAAACUUUAUCUUGCCAAGAUAGAGGAGCUUACAACCAGACUGAGCAGUUUCGCUAGUAAACAAUUGCUAGAUGGAAACCCAAACAUCGCGGACCUGAGUGAUCCGAACAGACCGACCAGACUUUGUGAGAAGUUCAACUGUGUGUACGACAAUGAGUGGACGGAGGCGUUCGAAGAGUUACAGGAGACGGGGGAGAAGGACGAAGCCAUCCUGAAAACUCUGAUGGAAAUCAUUAUCAAUGCUGUCAGCUUUUGUAAGGACGUCAAAGACCAGCAGCUGCAGCAGUUGAUGGAGGGGAUGCGCUUUUGUAUGGUCCAUGUAAACUGGACUAAUAAGGACGAGGAUGUCCGAGUCGAUAAGAAGUCUACCUCGCAUGAUCCCAAGUGCUUUGCCUCUAUAUCGAGAAAUGCCAGGGAUUUCCAAAAGGCGUCGGCUAAAGCAUCAAUCCCGUCCUUGUGUGUGAUGUUUAAGGAGACCUACAUUAAAGGUGCGUGCAAGUUGGAAUACCGGAAACUGACGAAUUUAGAACACUACGUCGACAAGGUGGUGGAGUUGGUGUGGCUGAUGGUGGUUCAGGAUCCGCCCAUGAGUAUUUGCUGGCAGAAGGAGGGGGAACAGAUGGACAAGAAGACCUACAAGUACUACGAGAAGAGGGGGGAGGUGGUCCGCCUGACAGUGUGGCCCGCCGUGCUGCUAUACGAGAAUGGGCCCUUGGUCAGUAAGGGUUUCAUCUGGCCCAAAUAGACCAGUUGUGAUAAAUAUUCGUGAUAGUAUGGGAAAGCCCCUCAAUCUAUAGUAUAACCAAUUAUAUUAUACAUGUACUAGUAUUGUUUACUAUGUUUAUAUUGUAUAUUUUUAACACUACAUUAAAAUACUCCUUUUUAAAACUGUUUUAUCAGUUUACCAAAAUUAAGCUGCCCCGUGUUCAUGUUCAAUUUGAAGAAAAAAAAUAAUUUUUAAACUUUUUUUUCGCAUUUCUCUUACGACAAGAGACUAUGUUUAUAGACUAGGACACUAGUUUACCAGCAACACGCAACAUUGUAUGAACGUUAACGUAAUGGCUCUCAUAUAAAAAUUGCCUUUUUUGCAAUAGAAAGUCUCCCCUCAAUUAACAUGUAUAUGAUGGUAAAA